GGUGUGUGAGCAAAUUUUUGUGUGCAAAAACGCCAGGUCCAAGUCAAGCGAAAAGAAAAUUAUCAAAGUUUGUUGAUUAAAUUUUUCAGACAAGUCUGCACUUGGGAAACUUGACAGCCUCAUUUAUAGACUGGAAAGAAGACAGAUUGUAAUCUCACGGAGUUUUCGGCUAUUGAACAUCUUACAAUUUCUUUAGGAAAAUGUCUACUAUUGUAGAUGAGAGGGUGACUGAUGAAAUAGAAGCUCUGAAAGCUAUCCUCUUUGAUGAUGAGUUGAAAAUUGUAGAAAAUGAAAGGGGUGAACCAGAAUCUAUUGAAACUUUAGUGUUUCCAUCGACUGGAGAAAACUCCGAGUCUCAAUAUGUCUGUGUUAGAUUGGUGGUCAAGUUAUUACCUGGCUAUCCAGAUGUACAACCAACUGUUACUUUAAGAAAUCCUAGGGGUUUAGAUGAAGAAACUAUCAAGCAAAUUCAACUAGAUACUGAUGCUAAGUGUGCUGAUUUUCUUGGACAGCCUGUCAUGUUUGAAUUGAUUGAGCUUGUCAGAGAACAUUUGACAUGCAGCAAUCUCCCAACUGGUCAAUGCGCAGUUUGUCUGUAUGGUUUUCGCGAAGGAGAUGAAUUUACUAAGACAGAGUGUUAUCAUCAUUUUCAUUCUCAUUGUCUGGCUGCUCACGUUGCAGCAUCUGAGCGAUAUUAUCGAGAAGAACAAGAGAAAUUGCCGCUCUGGCAACAGGACACUAGCAAUAAAUUUCAAGCUCUCUGUCCUGUCUGUCGUGAAUCCAUUCAAUGUGACGUUAGCAGUCUUAUUGGAGCACCACCACCAAUCGACGUUGAGACCGCAAUUGAUUUCUGUGUCACCCAGGAGUUGCUCGAUAUGCAGCGUCAGAUGGCGGAACUUUAUUUGCGCCAGCAGCAGAAAGGUGGCAUCAUCGAUCUUGAAGCUGAAGAGACGAAAUUACUCGUGACUACUGAGAACGAUGCCGAUGAAGUUAUUGAGCGACCAAAUCCGCCUGGUCCUAGUCUUAAUGCCAUUGCUAAUCAACCAUCUCAAGUGCAACAAUCAAAACAACAGCAACAGCAGCAGAAACAACAAAGCCAGAAUAACAACAGCGAAUCUCAUAAUCAUCACGGCCGACAUAAUCAUUACCAUCGUAAUCAUCGUGGUCGUGGCAAACCGCACACUCGUCGCUACUUGGAACGUCUUCGCCAGCAUGAGACAGCUCCCAGAUGACAAUACGCUGUCGCUGAUCGGUUAAGCACGACGACGACGACGACGCUGAUAACCAUAAUAUUUAAUAGUUUAAUUUCUCUUAGCAAGUGUAAUGAUGUUCUCCCUCAAAUCACUAAGUUCUUAACGAGCUUAUAGGUAUUGCUGCAUAGCAACAUUCCCAUAGCUACGGUGUAUAAUGUGGGACGUGUUGGUCAUCAUCACAUUGCCUCAUCGAUAAAUAGCUGACCGUGAAUUUUCAUUUUCUUCUAUUGGCGGAACGUGAAGUCUUGACGUUUGCGUGUCCUCCUAGUUUUCUUUGUUUUUCUAUUUAAUAGAUAGUUUCCGUGUCAGAUAUAUAUCUCAUGACUUUGAUGUAUAAUCAAAAUAAAGGCGUGCAAGGCGAAUUCGAAAAUGGUUGAAAAUGUCGUUUGGUUGAGGAACAAUCGGCGAUGUCGUUUAAUGAUGUGCUCUUUCUCGCGACUUUCUUGGGACUGUAUGUAUACACGUAAAUUAUUUCAAACUGUGUCUCUCUUUCUUUCCUCUGUCUCUGUCUGUCCUGUCUUCUCUCUCUCUCUCUCUCUCGCUCUCUCUUUCUCUUUCUCUCUCUUUCUCUCACUUUCUCACUCUCUCAUUUGCUAUAUCUACGUUUGGGAGAUUCAAAUAAAAAAUUGGUGACUGAAGAGAAGAUGAAUAGUGAUUGUCAAUUAUAAAUUUAUUAAAAAAGAAUUUUUACGCGUUUCACGCAUGUUCCUCCGAUUGUUGAGAGCAGUUUUUUCAAUUUAAGUAAGAAUCAUACGUGUGAAACGACUGUGAUUUGAUACUUUCUUACGAUCUUAAAAAAAUGAAUUAAAAAAAUUAAUAAAUUAAAAAUUGCACACGCGUCGAACUUUUGUUGAGAUACGACGUUUAAAAAUCAAACGUAUUAAUGAUGCGAAUAUUAAAAUAUGAAAUAUAGCCAGCGUAAUUAGUAUAAUUUCUCGUUGUUUGAACUAUGUAUGCUUGACUGUGAUAUUUUUAAGUCAGACUUCCUUUUGCUUGAGUACUUUUUAUUUAUAUUUUUCUAACGAUUUUUCAUAGUUAAUAAAUAAGUUAAUAUAAUUAGAUUUAUGGUUUUACAUUGUAAGUUAAUUACUUUUUAAUUUUUAUGGCUGACUUUCCAAAUCACUUAACGAUGUUUAGUGAAGAAUGGUUUAAUUAACGGAAGUUAACGAUCGUGAAAAAUCAAGAAUUUAUUUAUUUCAAAAUACUAAUUGCUAUUCUAUUAUUUUAAAGUUGAAAAAUUGUUAUUAAUAAUCAUAAAGGCGUCAUUAAAAUCAUACUUACAUCAGAUUAUCUUAAUUACUUAUUUUAACAGUGAAAAAUAAUUAUUAAUCAAACUUGCAUAAACAAUUAAUGAAACUAAACUUCAAUUAAAUCUUUGUUCCUCUUAACAUUGAAUUGUGAUAUUUAAAUUUAUGAAUCACAUUAUUAGUAAGCGGGACAAUGUACGAGAAAGUAAUCAGUAUGAUAAUUGUAACAAACACCCCAUGAUGUAAUACACUCCCAUUUUAUAUACCGUGCCAUAAAUGUUGCCAAGGAUAGAAACAAUGAAUUUAAGUUUAUGAACAUCAUUUACAUCUAACCUCUGCUUAUAAAUGUUGCUUCAUUAUCCAAUCCCCAAUACCUCAAAAGAAUGCUAUCUCAAUUUAAGAAAAACUCAUUACUAUACGUAGAUUGAUAGAAACAAAUAGGAUAUUCAUUAUAACGUGAAGUAAAAAACAUAGAGCUUGAAAAAUUAUUCAGAUUCUUUUCAAGUAUUAAUAUUUAAUUUAUCUUGAAUGCUUACUGAUAAUUUGUAUAUACAUGAUUAAUGCCCUUCUUAUUUUGUUCGUGUAAGAGCUUUGUAAAACUAUAUCGUAUAACUUUUGAAGGCAGGUUGUUAAGAACUUUGGUGUGAGUCGUGUUCUUUCAUAUAAAAAAAGAUUUAUUGUUACAGAAUUCUUUGUAAAAAUUUAAUACUGCGUUUAUUUUGCACAAAAAGGAACGGAAAAUAAGUACACGAACGUAAAAAAACACUGUUUGGUUCACUUUACACUUUUGUAAAUGUACCUGCCACCAUAGGCAAAGCCAUAUAGAUUGUACACAAAUGUCUUACGGCAAUAUCUCAUCGUUACCCGAUGGAAACUCUGUAUAACCAAGUUUUAAGUCUAAUAAAUAUAAAAUAAAAAUGUCGCACAUAUAUGAUGGCUGUGUUAUUCACUUACAACAUUCGUUGAUUUCUCUUUUGACAAAUACUACAUUAUAUAUAUUUAUAGAUGAGAAAUUGAAUCUCAUCUUUGCUCAGACAUAUUUUUGUUAUCGUUUAAACCGUUGAAAACGCAAAUAAGCAUAAAUAAUUAUCAUUUAUAAAUGAACUUGAAAUAACGCAAAUGAUUAGAACCAAAAAGACGAAAAACGAUAAAAUUAUCAAAGAAAAACAACAUUUAAUAACAAAAUUAAUAUUAACAAU